AUGUGCCGCGAGAACUACCGAUUAUUCUGGGUUUUUGUGUUACUUAGUUUUCACUCAACUUCAAGGGUAAAUGCCUUGAAAUUAAGUAAUUGUAAUAAGAGUGAAGUGACUUUUAUACAUGAGGCAGAAGUCCUGACUGAAUUGAAUUUGAGUAACUGUAAUAUUUCGCGCCUGGAAAAUGCGUUUUUCCUUAAAUUUAGUCAUUUGUUGCAUUUGAAUGUGGAACACAGUGGUUUGACGCAGUUGGAGGAUUACUCUCUACAUGGCUUAAUCAGGCUACAAUCCUUGAGCCUCUCUCACAAUAAUAUAAAUGUAGUGCGAUCUUGGUCUAGUGAUCCAUUGGCUGGUCUAACAAACCUCGAUCUGAGUCACAAUGUGAUUUGCAGACUGAGUCCCAAAGCCUUUCAGCUCUAUCCGCAAUUGCAGCAACUAAAUUUGGCAACAAAUCACUUGGAUACCAUUGACCCAGAUGCCUUCGAAGGUCUUGGGCAUUUGAAACAUUUGCAUUUGAAUGGGAAUCGCUUACAGUUGAUUGCAAGCACUUAUUUCCAGAGUUUGCAUCGUCUCUCUGGUCUAGCCUUGCAGCAUAAUUUAAUUGAGAAAGUCGCAAAGGAGUCCUUUCAGAGCAAUGCCCAUUUGCGUAGUCUGAGGCUAGAUGUCAAUCGUCUGAAGAGCAUCGACUUCCUUACCGAAAGUGGACUGGAACGUUUGGUUCACUUGAAUCUGUCACAUAAUUUGCUAACAAACCUCAAAUCGUUGAGUUUUGUCAAAAACUUUGAGCUACAAAAUUUGGAUUUGAGUUACAAUCAGUUGAAGGACUUGUCUAACAACAGUCUCACUGGCUUAGAGUCCUUGGAGCGUCUUAACAUCAGUCACAAUUUGUUGUCCCAUUUAGUUGCUGAUAGCCUAACGGCCCUUAACCCACUCUCGCAUCUAGACUUGAGUUUUAAUGAACUAAAGAAUUUGACAGAAAAACUAUUUCAUGCCAACUCUCAGUUGGAUGAGAUUAAUCUCUCGCACAAUCAACUGCGAGAGAUUCCUGUCCAUUUACUGAAACAUCAAACUCAUUUACAUGAUCUGAAAUUGGCUGGAAAUUUACUUGAGGAUGUCAUUUGGCUACAGCAUUUGCCAUCUGCCUUGAAUCGUCUAGCUCUGCGUUUGGAUCUCAGUUCGAAUCGGUUAAAGUCCAUCAAUCUAAGUGAUGUGGUAUACUUUCAAUCGGUUAACCUGGGGAAUAAUCAUUGGCACUGUGCCUGGCUAAUUAAAAAUAUGUUACGUAAGCUACCCUCGACCCUUAAUUUUGCUCGCUCGUGGUCCAUUCUAAGCGAUUGGUCAGAUGAUCUUUUGAGUGCCGAAGGUCUCGACUGUUGGGAGGAUAAACAAAAUCGUUCAAUAGUCCUGCUCAAUGUGGGUGGGACUCAAAUAGAAAAGCAAGAAAAGUGUGAAUGCGAUCAAACUUAUGAUGAAUUGAAUCCAUCACCUCCACCCUUGACCUGGCCAAAAAUUCCAACAGAUCGUUUCGAUUCACGGUCAGUGAUCAUCUGGAUGCUGGUGGCCAUAGCCAUAGCAUUUGCAGGUCUUCGCUGGCUUCGUCGAUAUGUGGACAAAAAGGAAAGAUUGAAGAAAAUGCAGGCCAUGAAUGGAGGAUUAAGUAAAUGAAUAAUAAGAACUUCACUUCUAAUUUCUUCUUUUUUCUAGAAAAUCUAAAGCCAAAGCGUUUGACUAAAUUUCAAUAUCAUUUUUAUUAAUUCUAAUUUUACAAACUAAAAUAAUGGAAUAUAUAU